AUGCUAGAUUUUGAUGUAUUUCCAGGCGGCAGACGGACGACGCCGGAGCUGGGCGAGGAGCGCGGCGACAGCGGAGGCGCGUAUCGCGGUCGAGCGCGUCCGCCGCGCCCCAACAGGUCUAGUGAGCGGCGCGGUGAGGAGCGGCGCGUACCGCUGGAGAACGGGCGCGCACACCCCCGCCCGCCGCGCGACCAACGUGAUCAACGCGACCAGCGCGAGCCCCGGGAGCCGCGAGAGCCGCGCGAGCCUCGGGAGCCUCGGGAGCCUCGCGACCAGCGCGACACUAGCGGGCGGCGGCGCGAUGGAGGGCGCGAUGGAGGACGCGAGGGUGCGCGCGAGGAGCGGCGGCGGCCGACGGAGGAGGAGGCAGUCGCACCUGAUGUACAGGAUGUCUCCAGCGCAGACAGAG